AUGGAUAACAUCAACAUCACAUGCUCACUGCAAUGUCGGUCACAUUUACAAGAACUUGAAGUAAAAUCUGCUGAUUUCAACAAACUAAUGACCACUGAUUGUGGUGAUAACACGGAUUGUCCAACGUAUAAACAUCGUAUACGUCGCUGUUUGCGUGGAGAAAUACGAGAGUUUUCUACUUCAAAUUUACUCAAAAAUGGCUGCACCAGAGCUUAUCAACGAUGUCAACGAAACAAGCGAUGCAAAAAAAUGCAUGAUGACAUGACAAACAUUCGCUGUAACUUGUUGAUACCUGGUAUUGAAUGCACACAAGAAUGCGAAAAAGCAUUAAUGGCGUUGACUCACACGAGGAAAGCGAAAAAAUAUUUACACUGUCGUUGCGACAGUAGUUUUCACUACGAAGGAGUGUGUCAUAACAUUCGAAAUAACGCUCUUACUCUGUGUAAAUCGAAAGAAUUUCGUUCGUUCUUAAAACACAAAAACUUCCGCACAUAG